AUGGCCGCACGGAGCGGUCAGUCCGUUGUCCGCCAUUCAGCUCAGAUCGACAACUCAAUCAGGUGCGUCUCAGUAAGACCUAGAAAAGCAAAAACCGGCCUCAGUGAUGUUUGCUUGCUUGCCCCGGCCGAACCUGGCUGGACCCAAGGCAAGGCGAGGCGAGGCAAGUCAGACACACGGUGGGUAAGGAGUUCCUUGCGGCGGUUGACUCACCAAUGCUCCGCCAGACAAACCAACGUGGUCGGGUCGGGUUGGAAGCCAAGAAGGAGUCCGUAUCCGUACAGAACACGCUGCGUCGUAGGUAGGUUCGGAGGGCAAGGCCGAUGA